AUGGAUCUUCCAAAAGCUUCAGGUUUCAAAAUCCUAAUGUUCCCAUGGCUGGCUCAUGGCCAUAUCAGCCCCUUUCUUGAGCUCUCCAAAAGAUUAUUAUCCAUAAAGAAUUUUCAUAUCUACAUAUGUUCGACAGCCAUUAAUAUCCUCUCAAUCGAAAGCUUCAUCAAGAGCAACAAUUUGGGGGACUCCAUGGAAGCCGUGGAGCUCAAAUUGGAGCCAUCCGUACAUCUUCCUCCACACUACCAUACCACAAAGAAUCUCCCUCCACAUCUCUUUCGCGAACUCUUAAAGGCCUUUCAGACAACCCGAUCGAGCUUUUCAGACAUCCUCGCCACACUGAAGCCGGAUUUAAUCAUCUACGACACUCUCCAACCAUGGGCUCCCAAACUUGCAGCAUCGCGAGGUAUUCCUGCAGUUCAUUUCUUUGUCGAUGGAGCAGCGUCAAGAUCGAACGACAUUCAUAGCAAUUUUCCAGAAUUACUUCUGAAUGAUUUCGAGAAGACGAGCCUUGGUGAGGAGGUGAAGUUUCUCCAUAAUGAUAUGUUUGAAGAGGGCGUCAUGAUGUCCGAUUUUAAUAUCGAACUAUCAUCCGAAGUUGUCCUGUUCAAGACCAGUUGGAGCUUGGAGGGGAAGUACAUAAACUAUGUUUCCAAUUCUUUCAACAAGAAAAUCUUACCGACAGGCCCUCUUGUAAAAUAUCAGGAUUCUUCUUCCCAAGACGAUAAUUCAGAGAUAUUAGAGUGGCUAAACAAGAAAGACCAUCAUUCGACUGUUUACAUUUCGUUCGGGAGCGAACUCGUCUUGUCCGAAGAAGAAGUCGAGGCUAUAGCAAAAGGGCUGGAGCUUUGUGAGGUGAACUUCAUAUGGGUUCUAAGAACAAAAGCCAUAGAAGAGAAACUUCCAUUAGGGUUUCUUGAGAGGGUCAAGGGAAGAGGUAUAGUGACUGGAUGGGCCCCACAGGCAAAGAUUCUGCAACAUUCUGAAAUUGGUGCAUUUGUAAGUCACUGUGGGUGGAGUUCUGUGACGGAGAGUGUGUACUUUGGGGUUCCCAUUAUUGGGAUGCCGAUGAGAAUGACUAUGGUUGCCGGCGCCAAUAUGUUGGUGGCGCGUGGGGUUUGCGUGAGGAUUCCGAGAAAGGAGAAUGAAGGGUAUAAGGGAGAGGACAUAGCAAUGGUGAUGAGGGAUGUGAUGUUUGGAGAUGGUGGAGAGAGGCUGAGGUGUAGAGCUCAAGAAUUGAGUGAGAAGAUGAAGAUGGAAGAGGUGGAAGAGAUGGAGGUCGUGGCAAACCAACUAUGGAAGAUUUGUUUGGAGAAUCAGCCAUAAGCAUCGAUGAGGAUUAGAUCUAUCAGCUGCUCAUCUGAUCAAGUGUACUGAUUUGAUCGGAUCAAACAUAUGUAUGUAAGUUUGGCAAUGGAGGGAAUAACAUAUAGUUCCUUCGUUUCAAUACAAUAAUUUUAUUUUUGUCAUUUUUUAUCCUUUUAAAUCAAU